CGACGCCCCGCCGCGGGGAGGCAGCUCCUGGGGCCGUUGUUCGGCGGUAAGGGUCGGCGGCGGUGGUUGGCGCGGUUGAGCGGCGUUCCUGCUCUCGUCUCCGUUUUUAGAAGAGUAAAAGAUGGCUGACUUUCCAGAUGACCAGGAUACUCGACUUUGUAACAACUGCUCAAAAGAAAUACCUGUGUUUAACUUUACCAUCCAUGAAAUCCACUGUCAAAGGAACAUUGGUGUGUGUCUUAUCUGUAAGGAGCCAUUUCCCAAAUCAGACAUGGAGAUUCACAUGGCUACAGAACACUGUCAGGUGGUCUGCAAAUGUAAUAAGAAGCUGGAGAAGAGGCAGUUGAAGAAGCAUGAGGAGACCGAGUGCCCUCUGCGGCUUGCUCUCUGCCAGCACUGUGAUUUGGAACUUGCUGUUCUCAAACUGAAGGAGCAUGAAGAGUACUGUGGGGCCCGGACGGAGCUGUGUGGCAGCUGUGGACGCAAUGUCCUCGUGAAAGACCUGAAGUCUCACCCUGCAGUUUGUGGCAGAGAGGAAGUGGAAAAGAGGAAUGUGACUGCUGUGCCUCCUAAUGCGUAUGAUGAGGCAUGGGGUCAAGACAGAAUCUGGAUUGCAUCCCAGCUCCUCAGACAAAUCGAGUCUCUGGACCCACCUGUGCGGCUGCCCCAGAGGCCCCUGAGAGCGUUUGAAUCAGACUCUGUGCCCAGUAGGACUUCUAGCCAAAGGAUCGUGCCAGCCCAUUUCCCAAUUCAGAAUAAUCUAUUUGAAGAACAAGAAAGGCAGGAAAGGAACAGAAGCCGACAGCCGCCCCAAAAGAGUGGUGAAGAUAGUGCGAACCUGGACUUCAUGCUGGCCCUCAGUCUGCAAAAUGAAGGCCAGGCCUCCACCUUGGCGGAACAGGAGUUCUGGCAGGCUGUGUGUGAGGCGGAGAAGCUGCACAGUGGUCCUGCUUUUCUGAGUGAUAGCAAAGAUGCAGCAGAUGAGACCAUGUUGCCUUGUGAAUUUUGUGAAGAGCUCUACCCAGAGGAACUGCUAAUUGACCAUCAGACCAGCUGCAAUCCUUCAUGUGCCUUACCUUCACUCAGUACUGGCAGCUCUUCUUCCAGGGGGGUAGAGGAUCCUGGCGAUGUUUUCCAGAACAUUCUGCAGCAGGCGACGUAUAACCAAUUGGACUUUAUAAGGGGCCUAAACACUGUAUCCCCUGUGGGAGGCAGCAUCAUUAUCCCAUGUGAAUUUUGUGGGGUGCAGCUGGAGGAAGAGGUGCUGUUUCAUCACCAGGACCAGUGUGACCAGCGCCCAGCCACAGCACACAACCACGCGCCUGAGGGCAUCCAGAGACAGGACCCUCUGAGGCAGGAGGCCUCGCCAGAGCGGCCCCGGAGGCGUAGCCAACACCAGGGAGACCCAUCGUCUUCUGGUUACAUGGAGGACACCAAGCAGGGGACAGCGAAAGGCUCUGCCUAUCCUCUGCCUCCCAGCAGACCCAUGAAUAAUAUGACAGCGACCUGCAACCGCCUGUUAAAAUCCACGUCAGACUCCAGGUCUGGGUACCAGCCCAACCCUCCCCGCGUGCUGAAGCUCAACAACGCGGACAGCCAGGACCUCCAGGGCCGGAGUUGGAGCAGCCAGAAUGGCACCAUGGCCACCGGCCAUCCUUCAGUGAUUCACUCCAUCCGGAAUCUCUACCCAGAAAACCUUGUGCCCUCUCUGCCCCGUGGGCCUGCGGGGGGCUGUGGAGCCAGUGGCCGGAGUGAAGGUGGCAGGAGCUCCCGGUCUGCCCCCACUGCUGCCAACUACCGCAGCCGAGGCACAAAGGGGAAGCCCCCGAAGCCGCAGGGGGCUGGUGAUGCCGAGGAGGAAGAGGAGGAGUGACGGCGCCUAGAGCCUGCGCCACGCGCCCUGCACCCUGCACCCACCUUCUGUGCACACGGCACUUGCCUGCUGCAGCCCUUUCUCGCAGGCUCUUCAGGCAGGAGAGGCUUUGUGGGUUUUUCACUUUCUCUAGGUUCCGGCCGUUUUGUCUUUGAGCUUGUGCUGUGGGGCUUCGGGUGUGAGGGAGGCUGGGGAGAAGUGCCCGGCCUCCAUUGCCUCUCAGGGCCUCUGCCCACCAGGCUCCGUGCUUUGAUGCUGCCACCACCGCUCCUUGGUGCUUUGCAGUCCUGGUGAAGGCUUUACAAAUGUGGCAGCCACCAGUGAAGUGAUCUUUUUUGUGUGGGCUUUUGGAAACUUGCCCUCUGUUCACCCGGCCAGCUCCAGCCUCCAGUCAUGCUAUCCAGGAAGAGGCCCAGAGGGGGUUGAGCUGUGGGUGCGUGGACUGGGGGGCUGUUGUAAGCGGCUUCUCUGGCGCUGGGCAUCACCACCUUCUGUUGCUGGUGGCUGCUGCAGCUUCUGGUGCUCACUGCCCUCUCAUCGGGAGGCUGAUGGCUGCCUGUCCCUCCCUGGGCCCUGCCCUGGUCAGGUCUGAGGCCCCCAGGCCUGGGCUUGAAAACCAGGUGUGAGAGCCCCUCUCCCUUCUUUUUAUUUCACUAUUAUUAUUAUCUGUUCCUUGUAAUAGAAAUAAAGUUUGUACCUGGAGCUCA